AUGACUCCAUCAUCUGUUAAAGCCAUUGCAAAGAAUUAUAUGAUAGAACUUGGUCGGAAAAUCUCGAUUGAUGCAACUUUAAAAGAAUGGCUUUAUGGGUUCAUGAAUCGUUGGAACAAUGAACUAAAACUAGCUAAAGAUGUUAAAUUGGAAAAAAAACGUUCAGAAGCUUGUACAACACAAGUUAUUUGUGAGUAUAUUACAUUUUUAGAAGCUUUCUUUACAGACACGACGCCUCAAUAUACGAAAUGGUCCGAUCAUUUAAAACAUGUUUUGGAGAAAAAUCAGCUCGUCAACCGACCCGACGCUAUUUGGAACGUUGAUGAGUCAGGAUUCACCGACGAUCCAGGUCGAAAACAAGUUAUCGUUAAAAGGUCCACAAAAUAUUCAACAUCAUCUCAUAGUGGCACUGGAAAAACUCAUGCUACUGUACUUAUGUGUACGUCUGCUAGUGGAGAAUGUUUACCUCCAUACAUAAUUCACAAAGAAGUUCAUUUGUACGACACUUGGUGCCCGAAGAACGGUUUCUCAGGCACAAGGUACAAUAUCUCUUCUACUGGUUGGGCAGAAGAGCCUAUCUUUUACGAUUGGCUGUCUUAUCAUUUCUUGCCCAGCGUCGAAUUCAUCAAACUGGCAAUGACUAAUGGUGUACAACUGGAAUGUUUGCCAACUCAUUCUACAACAAUUUUACAACCACUUGAUGCUGUUACUCUAACAAAAUUGAAAACCGCUUGGCGGAAAUUGUUACACCAACAUAACUUUAAAACAAAUUCAGCUCCUAUUGACAAAGUGAAAUUUGCAUAUUUAAUUAAAGACUUAUGGCAAAAUAAUCUAUUAAAAUCUCAUUGUCAAGGAGGCUUCGCUAAAGCAGACAUCUACCCAUUUGAUCCUAGAGCAGUGUCAAAAGAGAAACUAUUGUCACCUCCAUCAUCUAUCGGUGUACAUGACAAUCAAGUAUCUUUACCUACAGUUCGAUCUGACUCAAAUGGCAAUAUGGUUCACCGUAAUCGAAGUACAAAUACAAGUCGUACCAUCAAUCGCUCAUCAUCGUGUAUCAAUCUAUCAACUCUUUCUCUCGAUUUAACAAUGACUACUCUUGAAUUUUUAACUGACUUUAGUUCAUGUCUGACGACAGCCUCAAGUAAUUCUGCUUCUACUAUUAUUGAUACUUCGACGAAUUCCGUCAACGAUAUUACUUCUCAUAACUCAUCAACAAAUACUUCAAAUACUUUAAACGCACUGACUAAAGCUAUUAAUAAUCAUAUGACAUCAUCGCAACAAAUAGCAAAUAAGCGAAAGCGAGCCGUGGAGAGACCAUACGGCGAGAGCUUAACCAACAUGGAUGUCUUACUUAAACUGAACGAAAAGGAUAACAAAAAAAAAUCAAAAUCAGCCAAUGAAACAAAGGUCAGUGCUGGUUUUAUAACUUAG